AUGGCAAUGUUGUUUAGAUCAAACGGGAAGAAAAGGAAUGGCUUGAACCUCAAGACAAUAAUGGUACAAAUGUUACAAAAGAGUUUUUUACCAGAUCAUCAGAGGUCAUCCCUGAAUGAUUUUGACGAGUUCGAGAACUCCAAGGAUGUGUCUAAUGACGUUAAAGAAGGGCAUUUCGCGGUGAUGGCAGUGGACAAUGAGAAGCUCAAGAGAUUCAUUGUUCUUCUAAGUUGUUUAACGCACCCUUCAUUCUUAUGGCUAUUGGAAAAAGCUGCUGAGGAGUAUGGGUUCGAAAAUGAAGGCGCACUCAUUCUUCCUUGCAGGCCAAUUGAGCUGGAGAGGAUUCUUACCAAGCAAUAUAUUGGAAAAGCAUAUUGGAGUUCUUCUACAACUCAAGAGCUUUUAUGUUCAAAUUAA